UUCAUCAGUCCUGUGGUGCUGCGGAAGGAAACGCCGACAAACCUGGACAACUUCCUCCACUUCAGAGCUGUAUGAGGGGCACAGCUGUCCCCCUGCACGUGAACWCGACUGAAGGAUAAUUCUCUUGGUGUGGCUGUGCMGACGGACGGUGAGCCAUGGAGGACGGUAAGCCGGUGUGGGCGCCCCACCCCACUGAGGGGUUCCAGCUGGGCACGAUCAUUGACAUAGGAGCCGACGCACUCACCAUAGAACCACUGAACCAGAAGGGCAAGACUUUUCUUGCUCCCAUGAACUACGUCUUCCCYGCUGAGGAUGACGUCAACAAAUAUGUAGACGACAACUGCUCUCUUAUGUACCUAAAUGAAGCCACUCUUCUCAACAAUGUGAAAGUGCGAUACAACAAGAACCUCAUUUACACGUACGUGGCUAACAUCCUGAUAGCUGUUAAUCCGUACUACGAUAUACCUAAACUGUAUGGUCCUGAGGCCAUCAAGUCGUAUCAUGGGAGGUCACUGGGCACUCUGCCACCCCACGUUUAUGCUAUAGCGGACAAAGCCUACAGGGACAUGAAGGUUUUAAAGAUGAGUCAAUCCAUCAUCGUAUCUGGUGAAUCUGGUGCUGGAAAGACUGAAAACACCAAGUUUGUUCUCAGAUAUCUGACGACAACAUAUGGAAGUGGUCAGGAUAUUGAUGAGAGAAUCGUAGAAGCAAACCCGCUUCUCGAGGCCUUCGGGAAUGCGAAAACCGUCCGGAACAACAACAGCAGUCGAUUCGGGAAGUUUGUAGAAAUCCACUUUAAUGAAAAAAAUGCUGUCGUAGGAGGAUUUGUCUCCCACUAUCUGUUGGAGAAGUCAAGGAUUUGCAUGCAAAGUAACGAUGAGAGGAACUACCACAUCUUCUACAGACUGUGCGCCGGUGCCUCGGAGGACCUAAAGAAGAAAUUACACCUGGACUCUCCAGAUAACUUUAGGUAUCUGAAUCGAGGAUGCACCAGAUACUUUGCCAGUAAAGAGUCUGAUAKACAAAUACUGCAGAGCCGCAAGAGUUCGGAGGACAAUAAGCAUCAAAAGGGGGGCGCCCUGAAAGACCCCCUUCUCGACGACCACGGAGACUUCAACAGGAUGUGUGGGGCCAUGAAAAAGAUUGGUCUGAAUGACACGGAGAAGCUGGACCUUUUCAGGGUCGUUGCUGGAGUCCUGCAUCUGGGCAACAUUGACUUUGAAGAAACGGGGAGCUCCUCGGGUGGUUGUAUCAUAAAGAAUCAGUCAAACCAGACUCUGCAGUUCUGUGCUGAUUUGUUGGGCCUGGACCAGGACGACCUACGUGUCAGCCUCACAACAAGAGUCAUGCUUACGACAUCAGGGGGCGCCAAAGGCACAGUUAUCAAGGUGCCUCUAAAGGUGGAACAAGCGAACAAUGCCCGUGACGCCCUGGCCAAGACAGUAUACAGCCGCCUCUUUGAUCACGUGGUCCAGCGUGUAAACCAGUGUUUCCCUUUCCAGACCUCCUCCAACUUUAUUGGCGUGCUGGACAUUGCUGGGUUUGAAUAUUUCGAGCAUAACAGCUUUGAGCAGUUCUGCAUCAAUUACUGCAAUGAGAAACUGCAGCAGUUCUUCAACGAGCGCAUCCUCAAGGAGGAGCAAGAGCUUUAUCAAAGGGAAGGGCUGGGAGUGAAUGAAGUACAUUACGUUGAUAACCAGGACUGCAUAGAUCUUGUGGAGGCGAAGCUGGUGGGAAUCCUGGACAUUUUGGAUGAAGAGAACCGUCUCCCUCAGCCCAGCGACCAACAUUUUGCACUGGCUGUUCACGGCAAACACAAAGACCACUUCAGACUGACGGUUCCCAGAAAGUCAAAGUUGGCCGUUCACAGGAAUCUUCGGGAUGACGAAGGUUUUAUUGUCAGACACUUUGCUGGAGCCGUCUGUUACGAAACGACAAGGUUCGUGGAGAAGAAUAAUGAUGCCCUCCACAUGUCAUUGGAGAGUUUAGUGUGUGAAUCAAAAGACAAAUUUGUGCGGGAGCUGUUUGAGAACUCCAACACCUCCAAGGACUCCAAGCAGAAGGCGGGGAAGCUCAGCUUCAUCAGCGUUGGGAACAAAUUCAAGACCCAGCUGAACCUGCUGCUGGAGAAACUUCGCAGCACUGGAUCAAGUUUCAUCCGCUGUGUAAAACCCAACCUAAAGAUGGUGAGCCACCAGUUUGAAGGAGCUCUAAUUCUCUCUCAGCUGCAGUGCUCAGGAAUGGUGUCCGUGUUGGACCUGAUGCAGGGGGGGUUCCCCUCCAGGGCUCCCUUCCAUGAGCUCUACAACAUGUAUAAAGCAUACAUGCCUGACAAACUCACUCGACUGAAUCCUAGACUCUUCUGCAAGGCUUUGUUCAAAGCACUGGGUUUAAAUGAUAAUGAUUUUAAGUUUGGAUUAACUCGAGUGUUCUUCCGCCCAGGGAAGUUUGCUGAGUUCGACCAGAUCAUGAAGUCGGACCCGGAGCACCUGGCCGAGCUGCUGAAGAAGGUCAACAAGUGGUUACUGUGCAGCUGCUGGAAGAAGAUCCAGUGGUGCUGCCUGUCGGUCAUCAAACUCAGGAAUAAAAUGAGUUACAGAGCUGUGGCCUGCAUUAAGAUUCAAAAGACUGUCCGCAUGUGGUUGUGUAAGAAGAAGCAUAAGCCAAGAAUCGAUGGGAUGGUGAAAGUUCAGAAACUGAAGCAGCACAUGGAGCGUUUCAACGAGGUGGUGAACGUGCUGAAGGAAGGAAAACAAGAAAUGGCCAAACAAGUUCAGGAGCUGGCCGUUGCCAUCGAUGCUCUGUUGGCAAAAAUAAGAGCCACAGUGAUGACCUGGAAGGAGAUUGACACAGAGUACCAGGGGCUGGUGAAACACUCUGAGCAGCUGCUCUCCUCCAUCAAAAAGAAGAAGCAGGAGGAAGAGGAGACCGAGAGGCUGAAGCGUAUCGAGGACGAGAUGGAGAAAGAGAGGCAGAGGAGGGAGAAGGAAGAGCAACGGCGCAAACAGGAGGAAGACGACAGAAAACUCAAAGCAGAGAUGGAACUGAAACGGAAGCAGGAAGAGGAGGAAAGAAAAAAGAGGAAGGAGGAAGAGAAGGUCAUUCAGGCUGAGCUGGAGAAGCAGAUGGCUCUGGAGCGUGAGGAGCAGGCCCAGCACGCUGCAGUAUUGGAGCAGGAGAGGAGAGACAAGGAGCUCGCCAUGAGAAUCGCUCAGAGCGAGGCUGAGCUCAUCAGUGACGAAGGCCAGGGYGAUCCGUCCCUGCGCAGUGUUUUCUACAUCGAUGACUCUUUUUCAGAUCUUCCUAUCUCUUCCUCCUCAGCCAGAGCCAUGGGUCCGCAGGUGCAGGCAACCAAAGCUGCUGCCGGUGUGAAAAAGUACGAUCUGAGCAAGUGGAAGUAUGCUGAGCUGAGAGAUGUCAUUAACACUUCCUGUGACAUUGAUCUGCUGGCAGCCUGCAGGGAGGAGUUCCACCGUCGCCUGAAGGUUUAUCACGCCUGGAAGUCCAAGAACAAGAAACGUGACGAUGAUGGGAGUUAUCAGAGAGCUCCCAAAUCUAUCACAGACUAUGCCGAGCAGAAUCCAGCGCCGCCAACGACKGCCCAGCAUCACGAAGUCGCGAUGAACCGUCAGCAGCGCUACUUUCGCAUUCCCUUCAUCCGUCCCGCCGACCAGUACAAGGACCCCCAGAAUAAAAAGAAGGGCUGGUGGUACGCCCACUUCGACGGGCCGUGGAUAGCCAGACAGAUGGAGCUUCAUCCUGACAAACAGCCCAUUGUUUUGGUCGCAGGCAAAGACGAUAUGGAAAUGUGCGAGCUGAGUCUGGAGGAGACGGGCUUGACCAGGAAGAGGGGGGCAGAGAUCCUGCCCAGGCAGUUUGAAGAAAUCUGGGAGCGCUGCGACGGGAUUCAGUAUCUGAAGAAAGCCAUAGAGAACAAGCAGGCCCGCCCGACGUACGCCACUGCCAUGCUGCAGAGCCUCCUCAAGUGAACCAGAGCUGCCUCUGAAACACGACACGGAAGCUGCACGGUGCAGCUGUGGUAGGAUGCUCUCACAACUUCCUGUUGGCGUGCAACUCACAGAAACGUCUUUACUUUUUUGUUGUUUAUGUCUGGCUUUUUAAACAUUUUUGCAGUGCAACACUUAAGCUGUGUAGCGUUAGCYUUCAAGCUAAGUCUUUCUAAAUCUAUGCAUGAAUUGACAAUCCCACAGAGAGGCCUUAAACUGCGUUAUUGUUGCACCACAGAAGUCUGAAUUGUCUUUUUUCUUUUUUUCAAGCUUCUUAUAAGAACAACAACCAGUUACAGCAAAAUGUUUUAAUAGUGUGUAAUCCUCUUGUGAUGCCAUAAAAUCAUGCUUUAUGUGGGUAUUCUGAAUAUGAAGACAUACAAUUUGGAUACARUUGGGAUAUUGGCAUUGUUCACAUAUAAUCAGACAUGUGUUGCAAAAUUCAAUCAACACAUUUAGCAAAAUAUUCUAAUAUGGAAACUCAUUCAAGUCUUUUAAARCAAUUUCUUUUAACUCUUGAAAAAUGGGAUGUUUUUGUAUUGUUGCUCAUUUGAUAUGUAAGAGGGAAAUGUUUUCAUGUGUGCAGUUUGGUGGGUAUGAGGUCGUUUUACAGACAGUGAUGUCAUUUGUGUGUGUUUGUUUUGUGCGUUUAUUUAAUUCAGUUGAAUACUGGACCCCCUGUUACGGUCAGAGCGGGAAUUCUUCAGUCAAUUUACUUACUAACCCUUGUUUGGACUUAGUAACAUAAUUAUUAUGAAUCUUGUUGUUGACAUGACUAUAAUUACUGAGUUACUGUCAAUCAUCUCAUCUUUAACUUCAAAGGCCUUUGCUCUGAAAAUAAACAUGUUCCUGAGACGAGCUUGACUGUUUUAA